GUUCAGUCGCUUAAAGACAAAUGUAAAUAAUUUCAAGAAUAAAUAAAUGCAUUCCAAGUAUCUGUUAUUGGUAUUGUGUAUAUUUCCCAAUUCUUUAUAUGCGGCACACAUACUAUCUAUAUUUGGAGUGCCUAUGCGUUCGCAAUAUGAUUUUAUAGAGCCGCUACUAAAAGAAUUGGCAGGACGUGACCAUCAAAUAACAUCAAUAACAAAUUAUCCGCAAAAAGAACCAAUAUCCAAUUUUCGUGAUGUUGUGGUGGAAAAAAAUAAACAUUUAUUUUUUGGCUAUCACAAUUUUUCUCUAGACAAUGAGGAAGCCAAUUACUAUGAAUUGAUAGAUGAAAUUUAUAGUCAAGCCAUUCAAAUGUGUAUAAAUAUACAGAAUGAUACAGCCGUUCGUCAAAUAUUGGAUAAUGAGAAAAUUGAUUUGAUUAUUUUGGAUGUAUUUUUUGCAGAAUCAUUUUUUGGUUUAGCUGAGUAUUUAAAGGCACCAAUCGUAGGAGUAUCUACCAUAGGUACUAUGAUUGCUAUUGAUGAGCUGGUUGGUAAUAUAAGUCCGAAGUCAUAUAUACCACAUAUGAUUUUACCACUACGUCAAAUGAAUUUUUGGCAACGAUUUUUAAAUGUUUUAUUGGAAUUUAUAGAGUGGGCACACUACUACCGGAAGUACAUGAUACUACAGGAAGAGAUUUAUAAAUUGUAUUAUCCUAAUGCUCAAUUAACAUUUGAAGAAGCUCAAAAAAAUGUCUCUUUAGUUUUAUUAAAUGAUCACUUUUCUUUAACAACACCCAGACCGUAUGUGCCCAAUAUGAUAGAAGUGGCUGGUUUAAAUAUUGUUACAAAUCCAGAUCCUUUAAAACCUAACAUCAAAAAUAUUCUCGAUAAUGCAAAGGAAGGAGUCAUACUUAUAACUCUGGACACUUUUAUGAGUUCUUAUACUUUGGAUGUAUUUUUUCAUCAUUUUAAAACCCUGCCUUAUACAGUGCUGUGGAAAACUUCCCAGAAAAUUCCUUACACACUUCCAAAUGUCUACAUAGAUGCAGAUUUUGUUGUGGCCUCGAUACUACCACAUCCUAACAUAAAACUUUAUAUAACUCAUGGCAAUUUUCUUAGCAUCAUAGAAAGUGUUUACCAUGGUUUACCUAUUUUGGGUAUAUCAUCUUUCGAAAAGCAAGAUAACAUGGUCGACUACAUACAAAAAGUGGGUAAUGGACUUUCCCUUAAAUUACAUACUAUCUCUGAAAAAGUUCUAGCUAAGGCUUUUAAAGAACUUUUGGAAACUUCGCACUAUGCUAAUGUUGCCAAAACUUUAUCAUAUAGAUUUCGUGAUCAGCAAAAUACACCCAUGGAAAGGGCAAUCUAUUGGAUUGAAUAUGUCUUACGUCAUAAAGGUGCCGCACAUUUACGCAACAUGGGUCACAAUUUGACUUGGUGGCAAUUUUACAAUGUUGAUGUAAUGUUAGCAAUAUUAUGUUUCUUUGCUUUUAUAACAUGUUUGGCUUUAGUUAUUGUUAAUAUUUUAUUG